AUGUCACACCCCGUGGCUGCGGAGCCGUCGAACAAACGGCCCCGGUCUCCCGCGGGCGAGCACCAGCAUCUGCACCAGUCCAAGGUGCCCAAGACGCACUCGAACCACCUCCAGAUCAACUACCUCGCGCGCCAGUAUCCCGAUAACCUGCCUCUGGUCUCUGCUGAAGAUACCAUGCCCGCCAUAAUCCACCUGAUCGGCGAGUAUGACGGAGUACUCCACCGCCACGAGAGCAUCGCCGGCAACCUUGGCGCAUGCCCGCUGGGCCCGAUUCUGAUCAAACGCUUCGAGCGCCUGUUCGACGGACCCCCGCGCGUGCUCAAGUCGCACGGCAAGGAUGGUCCCACGGUUACCUGGCUGGACGUGGUCGAGUUCGCCAAGAGCAAGCCCGAGCAGUUCAAUCUGGAGAAGCAGCGCAACGGCAUUCGAGUCUGCCAGUUCUAUACCAAGCAGUGUCGCGUGGAGAUCAGUGAGGAGGACUUUGUGCUUAUUUCCUCGGGCAUGCCACAGAAGAUGAUUCCGCCGCAACCUAUAAUCGAGGACGAGGAGAAGGAGCUGGGCGCGCUGGAAAUUCUGGAGAAGAAUCUCCAGCAUAUCAUUCAGAUGGCUGACCAAGUGUCCGCCCGAGCCCGUCAGCUCAGUUACCGUCUGAAGAACCGCCGUACCGCGAUCGUGAGUCGACGAGAGAAUGACGCUUCAUUGCAAUCGCGCAGUGCGGUCGACAUUUGGCGCGAUGCCAAUGGUCAUGGCUUGACCAAUGGCCGUCAAUCCAAUACAUCGCCCUCCGGCUUCGUGGCCGUCAACGCAAAUCUGCCCGAGGCCGAGUCCGAAGAGAACCCGCUAUCAUCGCAGUUCAUGUUCUCCCACUCCAACACAGAAAAUGUGACUAUUAUAAAUGGGACCUCGAUCAAAGGCGCCUCGCCCACUACGCGCGCCGAACUCAUGAAGAAGUUCUUCACUACGGCUGAUCGCCAUGCGCGCGGCUACGAAGAUGCCUCGAGCCCAGUAAACCCGCAGACUCAGACUCAGCCUCUGCCGCGGCCUCGAGUCUCGGAUCCAGCGGAUUACAGUAUUAUACCGGCUGCUACAACCCCGGUCGCCAUUCCCGGUACUCCGACCUCACUACUCCCGCCGCCAAAGACGACACCCAGCGAGAAGGAUGACGGGGGCCCGUUCAAGCUGGAGAUGGUAGCCCGCAUGGAAGAGCUAGGCCGUGGCGAACGAGUGGUCCCACCCUGUGACCGGUGUCGCCGUCUCCACAUGGACUGUCUCAAGAAUCUGACUGCCUGCAUGGGCUGCACCAAAAAGCACGCCAAAUGCUCUUGGCGCGACGUCAAGGAAGAUGAGAUACGCGCAGCAUAUGGAUCGUCCGGGUUCAUACCACGUGAGCGCCACGAUGAAGAACGCCCUACCCUCCCUCCUAUCCAGAGUUUUGCGCCAUCUCCAGGCCCGAGUGGCCCAGCGCAUUCAGAGCGUGCUUCGGAGGCAGCUGCAUCUAUGGAUCCACACAGCUACUACCACAGUCGCCGUGAAUCAGCACCGGGGGCUUCACAUGUCGCUCCCGGCUCAGGAGCAUCUAUGAAUCUACCCCCAUCAUCCGCCAACUCACCACGGAGAGCCAUGAGUGAUGAAGGCAGUGGCCGGGUCCACCACGAGCACCAGCACUCGCACCCGCACCAGCACCCGCACCAGCACCCGCACCAGCACCCGCACCCGCACCCGCAUCACGGACACCCACAGCAGCGACCUGCUCAGGACGAUGACCCUGACGCGAAUCAGCGCCUGAUGCAGGCUAUCCUGGAUACGGUAGACCAUCACGCGCGGGUGGCGGCUGCCGUGCAGGAGAAAGAGCGUGGUGCCGAGCGGUCUGGGGAUAAUGGGAAUGAUCGGGAUGCCGAAAGAGAGCGCGAGCGCGAGCCGGAACGGGAACGGGAACGUGAACGAGAAAGGGAACGAGAAAGGGAAAGGGAACGGGAUCGUGACCGGGAUCGUGACCGGGAUCGACACCUGGUGCAGGCUUAA